AUGACCAGUCGAAGCCCCCUAUACCACUCGACCUCCAAGGAAAAACCUCAACUCCUUCACAUUACGUUCGAGAGUGACCCGAAGGGUAGUCUGGGGUGUCAAUUGGUCAACACAGAUAAGGGCUCGGAUGACCACAUGUUUCUGCCUGGUUACGCUGUGAUUGGCAAAUUAUUAAAAGGUGAAACAGUAGCUCGAAAGUUUGACGUUCGGGUGGGAGAUGUGAUUGUCGCCGUCAAUGGCACUGGGUAUCGUCGAUUUGCCCCAGAUUACAAAGAAGCAGAUGUCGAAUAUCUCAACAAGGACGAGGAAAAGGUAGAUGUUACCCUCGAUAAUGCCGUUGUAGCAGCUGGAGAAGCAUACAAUCAAUUGCUGUCCAAAAUCAAAGCCAUCAAGGCCGCUGCACCCGAUCCACCGCUCAUCCUCACACUGGAACGAUAUGGGUGGGACGCCCGCUCCAAUUCAUGGCCUCGAUACUUGGCGGCACGCGAUAACAACGUACCCGAUGCCAUGAUGAUGCAACAACAGCACGAACAAUGGAAAUCCGAAAUAUUCCCCAUUGACCUCACAAAGGCCGGCUUGCAGGAAAUUUUCAAGCAAAAAGCCAUUUGCGAAAUCAACAUUCAUGAAAUCAAAGAUUUCCCACCCACCGUCUACAUCAACUACGGAAAGCUGCAGCAAAUGGAAAAAGCAGGAGAAAUCACCGCAGAUGAGGUUGUGGAAGCCUUUAUAAUCUUUACCGAACGCUUGCUCGCACAUUCCAACGACCCAAGAAACCCAAAAACCUGCCAAUUUAUUGAUCUUUCCGGGGUCAGUAUCACGGGAGGAUUCCGAGUGGAAACUCUCAAGCGCAUUUACAAAAUCUUUGAACCAAACUACCCCGAGACACUCUUCAAGAUGGUCAUGUUCCCCGUAUCCAGCAUGGUGGGUCUGACGGCAAGGUCGCUUCUCAGUUUUGUAAAUGAAAAGACACAAUCCAAGUUCCUCAUCACAAACAGCCUAGACAAAGUAUGCGAGGAAUUGGGUUGGGAGAAACGGGAUGUCGACGACUGCGGCGGUAUCAAGGAGUUUAUGGAGAAGCACGAAAAAGUGGGAGACUCAUUUUUGUUUUAA